AUGGACCUAGAAUCCGCCGCAAAGGACCUAGAAUCCGCCAACAAAAUGCAGCUCGAAUCUCUCAACAGACUAGAGCUCAACGUCAGCAAAGUCGAUUCGAGAGUGCGCCGUAUGAAAGGCGAGCUGCAGAAGAAGCAGAGACCAGAAGAGUCAGGGCGUGUCGUCAAAAGGGUUCAGGAGAAAGACAAGGGGCAGAGGGUGCCACUAAUGCUGAAACAUACCCUUUUGCCAGAAGAGACACAAAAGAGAAUAUUGGAGGAAGCCAAGAAAAGGGUUGCAUCUGGGGACCGCACAAACCAUGGCCUGCCCAUAGAUACCGACAGGUUGAGCGCUGCCAGAGCUGUACUAGAGAGCCAACGGGCAAGUUCUAGUCUUGGAGAAAAAGAAAGAUCAUCUCAUCAUAAGCUAUAA